AUGGAAAAUAUUCGUAGUCAAGAUUCAAGACGGACACAAAAUGCAAGACAUCGAAGACAGCGGAUGAGUGUUGAGCAAAGACAAGAAGAAUUGGCUAGAAGGCGUUCGAAUUAUAGACAAAAUAAAGACAAAGGAAAACAAGUUCAAACAUGUGAUCUUUCUGAUAUGAGAACCAUGAUGCCAUUUCAAGACUUGACAAAUGCCAAUUUUGCUUCUCGGUUUUAUCAAAGAGCACAUGACAAUGAAGCUGGACCGAGUACCACAUAUGCCAGUCGCGUUCCAUCCACGGAUAAAAAUUUUAUAUACCCGAUUUUCCAACAAAAUGAUAACCACGAAGCAAGACCAUUUAUAAGAAAUAUUGAUGACAAUGAUUAUGAAUCACAUUCGCAAAAUAUUAAUUCACCUGUUGAAACUCACAAAACACAAACAGUUUUUGAUCAAGGUGUUCAUGUCGACGAAAGUUUGGUUGCAACUGGUCGUGGUAUUUACACAUUUCGUGCUCAAGGCGCAAUUUAUCACAAAAUAGGAGGUUUUCAUCCGAAUCAAGGUUCAAGGCCACGUUACUUGCAGUUAUACAUUUAUGAUACCGAUCAUGAGCUUCAAAAUAGGAUGAGGGAAAACCCAAUACUUAACCAAGCCGUAGUGUAUAAAUUGCAAAAACUACUCCACCAAUGCAACCCGUUUGUCAUCAUGUUUAGGAAGGUUGCACUAGAGCCAAAUAUUAAACAAUGCGGUGGUGAUGAAGAUACAAUAAAACGUGGAAGAGAUAUAAAUGUGAUCAAUUGUGAUGGAAAGCUAACAAAGGUUCAAGAAACAAUGGGGUAUUAUGAUCCUUUACAGUAUCCUAUAUUGUUACCGUUUGGAACAUAUGGUUGGGACAUAGAAACAAAAACUACUGUUGGAAAAAAUGUUACAUGCCGAGAGUACUACAGUUAUGUGCUUCAGGGUCGACUUUUACAACAGUAUGUUGUAGACAAUUAUGUAAAGAUUGAGAUAGGAAGGUUAAGAUGGAUCCGAAGAAAUCAAAAUAAUAUUCGGUCUGAGAUAAUGUCGGACAAAGAACAAUACUGCCAUCGUCAUUUAUUGGCAGUAAGCGAGAUAUGA